CCAUUGCAUUUCAAGGCUCCUCCGGAACUCGUCAUGCAUGAUUUGGUGCAUGAUCUUGCAUCAACAAUUUUUGCUGAUGAAUUCAUCGAUUUGGAUGCUACCAGAAGCACCAGCUGGAACAAAGCUCGUUACUACCGGCAUGCACAAUUAACCAACUUCAAGAAUGAUCCUAAGGUUUUCAAAUAUAUUCCAGGCAAACUUAGAUCCCUCCACUUUAGGGAUUUGGGGGGAAUGAAACUCCCGAAAAAGGCAUUUUCUCGGUGCAAGUACAUACGUGUCUUGGACCUAAGUGGACAUUCAAUGAAUGGCCAAUUAGCUCCAAGUAUCAUGGUGCUGCCACCUUCCAUUAAUAAAUUGAAGCUAAUUAGAUAUCUUGAUGCCACAGGCUUGCCAAUAACAUCACUUCCUAAGAAUUUUCAUGCACUUCAAAACAAGGAAACUCUUAUUCUAUCCAAUUCCUUGCUCGAAACCUUGCCUGACAAUAUUUGUCGCCUCACCAAACUAUGUUAUUUGGACCUAUCCGGCGGUUGCAACCUAAGUAAGCUACCUGGUUCACUAGGGAAGCUCUCUCAGCUCUUUUUCCUUAAUCUAUGUGGGUGUUCUACACUCCAAGAGUUGCCUGAAUCAAUCUGUGAGCUUACAUGCUUACACCACCUAGACAUGUCAGAUUGUUCUGCUAUUCAAAAGCUGCCUGAAAAUUUUGGUAGCCUUCUUAAACUCUCAUUCUUAAACUUAUCAAGUUGUUCAAAGCUCACCAAACUACCUGACAGUGUUAGCUUUCCGCAUUUAGAACGCCUUAGCCUAUCAAAUUGCCAUGAACUAGGAAACCUGCCAAUUGAUUUCGGCCACCUUCAGAAACUUGAGUUCUUGAACCUCUUUGGUUGCUACAAGGUGUCAAUGCUGCCAGGGUCAUUUUGCCAACUUAAUCAUUUGAAGUACCUAGAUCUUUCAGAUUGUCAUAACCUCGAAGAACUCCCUAAAUGUUUUGGUAACCUCUUCGAGCUUGAAUAUUUGAACCUAACAAGCUGCUCUAAGCUCCGACAAUUGCCAGAGUCAUUAUGCAAAUUGUUUAAGUUGAGAUUUCUCUAUUUGUCAUACUGUCUGCAACUCAGAGGGCUCCCCUCCUCAUUUGGUGACCUUAAGCUUCAAAUACUGCACAUGAGUGGUCUUAUAUUUAUGGAUGAUUGCCCUGAUAGCAUUGGUGACAUGACUAGUCUCACCCAGUUGGUAUCUGAUAUUGCAACUUCCCAUUUGCUUGAAAAGAUUCAAGCAAUUCGAAAGCAUCUAAAUCUUAUGGGCACAGUAGUGCAUCAUGUACAUGAGAUAGAGAGUAGAGGAUGUAGCAGUAUAGUGGAUCUUAUGGGGUUGACUUGUUCAGAGCUGAUACUUAUAGGCCUUCAGAAUGUCAGACAUCCAGAAGAUGCAGACAGAGUCAGCCUACGGGAUAAAUCAGAUAUUCGAGUGCUAAAACUUGACUGGCAAAAUGAAGGAGGUAGAUCUGUGCUGGACAGGCUCGUACCUCCUCGGACUCUUGAAAACUUUUGGCUAGUUGGGUAUAGUAGCAAGGAUUUCCCUAACUGGAUAUUUCACACCUCGUCUUACCUCCCUUUUGUCAGCGAACUGACUCUCAGUUGUUUGGAAGCAUGUGAUUGUCUUCCUCCAUUUGGGGCACUACCAAAUUUAAGAAAGCUGUCUCUGGAAUACAUUCCUAACAUUAGGAAAAUCGGUAAGGAAUUCUAUGGAGAGGGUGGACCUUGUACGAAGCUAAGAGUUCUGGUAUUGACAUUGAUGGAGAAUUUGAUGGAAUGGUGGACAACAGAGUCAGGUGAAGAAACUGAAGAGUUUCUAAUCCCUAAUUUGCAUCAUUUGCAGAUAGUGGAUUGCCCAAAGUUGAAGUUCCUACCAUAUCUCCCAAGAAGUAUGAUUUGGGUUAUGGGCAACAGCGAGACAAUUUUGCCAGAGCAAGGAUUUGGAAAGCACUUGUCUUCCAUUAAUCCUUCUGCGAUGGUUCUAAACAGAUGUAGGUUCUCUCAAGACAAGUGGGAUAGACUUCAACAUUUUCCCACCCUUGAGAUAUUUCAAGUAUCCUUCGUCAGUGGCUUGAGGGCGUUGCCAGAGGUCAUGCAAUGCUUCACCUCUCUCACUGGACUAUAUUUGUGGUCGUUGAAGGACCUGGAGACACUACCAGUAUGGUUGGGCCACCUCGGUUCUCUAGAAGUAUUUGAGAUCCAAGAUUGCCCCAACCUGACAUGUUUGCCUGAAAGCAUGAAGAAACUCACCGCUCUUACAGAUCUGACGUUGAUAGAGUGUAAAGGCCUGGAGACAUUACCGGAAUGGUUGGGACAGUUGACUUCUCUAGAAGAACUUACCAUCAGAGAUUGCCCCAACAUGACAUGUUUGCCUGAAAGCAUACGGUGUCUCUCUGCCUUGAAGCUACUUGAAAUUGCUCGAUGUCCAAGUCUGAUUGCGAGGUGCCAAGGGGAGGAUGCCCACAAGAUCUGUCACAUCCCCAAAGUCGAAUUCUGGCCUUGA